AUGGGCUGGCUCUGGACAUCAUCGCCCCCCAAACCACCAACCGACCAGUCGUCACCACCCUCGUCAUCACAAACCUCCUCCUCAAUACCUCCACAGCCAUCAACCUCACGAUCCACACCCACCUCCCAAGCUCCCAACGAGCCCGUCGACCCCGAAAUCCAAAAACUCCUCGAGCUCUUCAACAAAUCCGAAUCCACCCCUCAAACCUCCUCCUCCUCCUCCUCGUCAUCAUCAUCAUCACCAUCAUUCUCGCCAUCCGUCCUCUCAAAAUGGCUCUCCUCAAAAUCCACCUCCACCCCCGACCAACCCCCCAUCCCCCCGCUCUCCCCCGUCGCCGAAUCCCUCCUCCCGACCGACAUGUCCUGCCGCCAGGCCUUCGACCUCGCCUGGUCCUGCAACUCCCUCGGCGGCCAGUGGAACGCCGUCUACCGCCACGGCGAGAUGCGCUCCUGCUCCCACCUCUGGGACGACUUCUGGUUCUGCAUGCGCACAAAGUCCUACUCGGGCCCCCUCAAGGAGAGGGCCAUCCGCGACCACUACCGCCGCAAGGAGUACGAAAAGUACUACGCCCCGGGGGCCCGCAGCAGCGAAGACAUCUGGGAGGCGAGGGAGCGUAAGGUCGAGCCGGGGACGGCAUUUGCUGAGGCCGUAGAGAUUGCCAGUGUUGAUGAUAACGAGUGGAGGAGGUUGGAGGAGGAGAGGAGGAAGAAGAUACGGCAGGAUCUGGGGUAUGGAAAGGGGGAAUGA